GGUGUGUGAACCCAAUACAAAACGCAAUAAUUUUCAAACAAAACGCAACGUUGAUUUAAUGAGAAAAAGCGGAAAGAACAAUUCAUUGAAUGCUACGGAACAUGAGUUUCAAGGGAUAAUUUAAAAAAAUAAAACUUCCAAAAUCAAAAUCCCUGCAAAUUAGGGGGUCAAAGAUUCACUCUUCGUCAUCCCUAAAUUCAAGCCAACCUACUAGAUAUGAUCCUAAUUUCAAAUCUAUCCCAAUUCAAUAUUUUUAGGUUCCCUAUCCAAACCCUAACUGAUAUAACAGAUGGAAAACUAGAGGAACCGAAAUUUGAAAUCGAUCUCCAUGGCAGAAGACAAAGAACAUGAUGAACAGGGAAGGAGAACAAACAAGGAAAAAACGUUCAACAGAGAUGACUGUGAUGUUUUGUUGAAAAAUAUGGCGGUGAAGGACAAAAAAAGGGAGACUGCAUCGAAGGAACCAUCAAAAAAUAGUGUUAAUGUUGACCAUGAAUUGCUGUAUGACAUAAACGAAGAGCAUGGUGGUUCUCCAGAGGUUGACAAGCGACCUACCUCAUCUGAAGUUGUUCACGAUUCUAGUGCAACUCAUGGGAAAAUCACACAUGAUCCACCUCCCCGAAAUGAGCCAAAAAACACGAAAAUACGAGUGAAGCUUGUAGGACAAAAGAAACCAAUGGCUAAAGUAAUGCAAGGCACUAUUGCGGAUGAACAAGGAAUGGAUGCAGCCAACGCAGGGAAGAAGAACAAAAGAAAAAGAGCUGAAGAAGGUGAGGUGUUUGUUAGAAGAACACCAACUUUUACUUUGAAUCCAAGACAUUCCACCCAACAAAUUAAGAGGUUUAUUAAGGGUAUAAACAAUCAAGCACAUAAGAGACAAGCUAUAGUUGACAUGGGUUUUGGAGGCCUUCUCCAUAUUGACUUUCCACGGAAUAAUCCAACUUUUGCCGGCGAUCUGGUGAUGAAUUUUGACACCAACAGUAUAUGCAUACUUCUUGAAAGAAACAAGGAGAUUCGUAUUGUAGCCUCAGAUGUACACCUUGUCUAUGGCAUUCCUUUAGAAGGACAUAAAAUAAUCGAGGCUAAAGAUGAUGAAGAGGGUUUUAGAGAGUUGAUUGAUAAGUGGAAGGCAUACCAUGAAAGUAUAGAUGUCCCUUCUCUAACCGAAAUUGUCACUAAGUUAGUAACAGAUGAUGUUGAUGACAACUGGAAGAGGAGUUUCUUAGUGUUGGCAGUUAAUUCAUGCAUCAAGUCUACCACCAACACACAACCAUUUUUGCGAUUCCUCAGCACAUCUUAUGACACCAACCGCAUUCCUAAUUUCAAUUGGUGUCAGUAUGCACUUGAAAGCCUAGUUGACGGGACUCUGUAUUGGAAGUGUGACACAACACGCUACUUUCCAGGACCUUUGCCAUUCCUUAUGGUGUGCUAUUUUGACCGUCUUAAAAGACAAACUUUUGAUCCCCCGAGGACAUUUCCACUUAUCUCUUCUUGGAAUAAGAAUGCUGUCAAGGAAAGAGUAGCUUUGGAGUUAAAGUUUGGCUUUGGUUUAGGAUUAUUGCUAGAAAGGAUCGAAACACCUUCUCUAGGUGAAGAACCACAACAACUAGACAUGCAACACCACCCACAUGACGAUGAACGGCUUCAACAUCAUAAUAAUGAACAGGAACAUAACCAAAAUCAUCAGGACCCACAACCAAUCAAUAUUCCAACCAAUAUGAAGGAGUUUAUGCAACAAUUUGGUGAGGUUACAACCAUAAUUGCGAAUGGUUUUGUUAAACUCACCAACCUCCUAGCAGUACAUAUAAUUGCCAAGUACAUAAUCGGUGCCUCGAAUUUGGAAAUACUAUUCCUAUUGCUUUUUUCAUAG